GCAGACGACAAAGCUGCAGGCCGAACUGGGGCUCGACCAAACACCCCCGUAAGAAAAACAUUCCACGCGUUUAAGAGUUUACUUUGACGCUCUCCAAACCAAUCACCUGUUUUAAUGGCCGUCUCCCAGAUUCCGUAAAUCACGCGCAAAAAUUCCCCCCCAACCCGACCCCCCCCCAAGAAUAAUCAAAGCAUCUUACCAUUUCUAUUCCCAGGUCAAUAGUCGCUCUGGAUUCUGUAAUUUCUAUCUUGUCUAUAUAUACUUACGUGCAUCUGAAUUGAGGUUUACUAGUAGGAGUAUCAGUUUCGUCUCUCUGAAAGAUAGAAGGCAAAAUGAAGAGCAGAAACAGUGGGAAAGUCUCUGCCAAAUGGCUUCCCAUUUUCUCCCUCUUCUUCUUCUUCCUGGGCAUGCUCCUCACUAACAGAUUGUGGGCUCCACCUGAAUCCAACAGCCAGCUCAUAUCGCGGCAUCGACAAGAUCAAGAGCUGCAGAUCGUAUCUGAGGACUGCACUACUAAAAAGAAGAAACCUGGAAAAGAUAAGGAUGUUACAGAGGAGGUAUACAAAACUCAUGAAGCGAUUAAAUCUCUGGACAAGACAAUUUCAAUGCUUCAGAUGGAGUUGGCUGCUAGUCGUAGUUCUCAGGAGAUGGGCAAGUCUGAUGGCUCCUCUGUCAUCUCUGCCUCGUCCCAUGACAGCCCGCCAAGGAAGAAAGCGUUCAUAGUAAUUGGGAUAAAUACUGCUUUUAGUAGUAGGAAGAGGCGUGAUUCAGUUAGGCAGACUUGGAUGCCUCAAGGGGAGAAGCUUCUUCAAUUGGAGCAAGAGAAAGGAAUUAUUAUCCGGUUCAUGAUUGGCCAUAGUGCAACGGCUAACAGCAUAUUAGAUCGAGCUAUUGACGCAGAAGAUGCUCAACAUAAGGACUUCCUUAGGCUGGAACAUGUUGAAGGGUACCAUGAAUUGUCUGCAAAAACAAAAAUUUUCUUCUCCACUGCUGUUGCAAAAUGGGAUGCUGAUUUCUAUGUCAAAGUGGAUGAUGAUGUUCAUGUCAAUUUGGGAAUGCUGUCUGUAACUCUUGCCCGCCACAGAUCAAAGCCCAGAGUGUACAUUGGGUGUAUGAAAUCUGGACCGGUUCUUUCCCAAAAGAAUGUUAAGUACCAUGAACCAGAGUACUGGAAAUUUGGAGAGGAAGGCACCAAAUACUUCAGACAUGCAACUGGGCAGAUUUAUGCUAUCUCAAAGGAUUUGGCCACAUACAUCUCAAUUAAUCAGCUCAUAUUGCACAAGUUUGCCAAUGAAGAUGUGUCACUUGGUUCAUGGUUUAUUGGUCUUGAAGUAGAGCACAUUGAUGACCGCAACAUGUGCUGUGGAACUCCACCAGGGAGUUUAUUUUGUUAAAUUGUAUCGGUAUUCCUACCACAUUGCAGAUUGUGAGUGGAAGGCACAGGCAGGCAAUGUAUGUGUUGCAUCAUUCGAUUGGAGCUGUAGUGGAAUUUGCAAAUCGGUGGAGAAAAUCAAAUCUGUUCACGAGAGGUGCGGUGAAGGGGAUGCAGCUGUUUGGAGUGCUCUAACCUAAUGUAAUCCUCAUGGGGGUUGUUAUUAGGUGCCAAACCUGGAGAUAGUGAGGCAGGUUCACAAGUCGAGAUAGGUCAGUUGAUACAUAUGACAGGAACAUUGGAGAUGACACUGCGUAGAUACUUAUAGUUCCGGUCCAAUGUGGUUAGACGAGUUUUGGUAUUUAUACGCAGAUGCGUAGUUCUAUACAAGUAGAUUAUUCAAAUUGGAGAUGACAAUGUAAAUUGGGUUUGGCCGGGACUUUAGUAUGAUGGCAUUCUUCCAAAUCCGCGUAUAGUGCUUGUUGUGCAGCCCCUCUCCUAGGUAGCUUGAAAUGUCUUGCUUCUUAAACUUGUAUCGAUUGUCCUUCCAAAGUCAGUGAUUUUGUUCAAUGAAGCUUCACUUAAUGUUA